AUGUCACAAAAGGCAUCACACGCUUUUACAUUUUUUGACGCUCCGAAAUCAGCUGUUCAAGCGUCAUCGUCUCCCGCGUCAACAAAUCCCGUCAUCUCGACAAGUGACGUUUCCUCGCAUAUCGUUGCGAAAGCUGUAACAGCGCGUCACAUUCUCCUUGCAACUGCUCGCGUUCGCGUGCAUUCAAUGCACGGUCGAUUCCAAUGGGCCCGAGCGCUCAUCGAUCAAGGAUCUGCGUCAUCCUUUAUAACCGAAAAUUUAGUGCAGUCAUUAAGACUUCCGAAAUUAAAUACCGCUGUUAGGGUAACAGGUAUUGGCGAAACGCAGACAAACGUUCGACAUGCCGUUCAUCUAACGAUAACUCCCAGCAACGCGGACACUCCGGUUUAUCGAACCACCGCGUUAAUUUUAAAAUCGUUAACUCGAUAUUUGCCCAACCGUCUCGACAUUCCAGAGCAAUGGCCGCAUUUGAAUGGCCUUUCGUUAGCUGAUCCCGAUCCCGCAGGAUCAGAUCCAAUAGAAAUAAUUAUCGGAGCGGAUCUUUUCGGGUCACUCAUCCUCGACGGCGUUCGAAAAGGCGCGGUUGACGAACCGAUCGCUCAAAAUACCGCGCUAGGCUGGAUCAUAUCCGGACCUAUAGCGCAACUCAGACCGCUCUCGCAGUCGUCCAUUGGAGUACAUCAUUGCUCUGUUACGGAUGAUCUCAAUCAAACUCUCCGCCGAUUUUGGGAAAUCGAAGAAAUUCCCGCUUCAUCGAAAAUAACUAGUGAAAAAAAGGCAUGCGACGACCAUUUUAAUUCGACACACUCUCGAAAUUCUGAAGGUCGCUAUAUCAUCAGACUUCCAUUUAAACACGGACCUCCACUCAACAUUGGAGAAUCUCGACAUUCCGCGCUUCAGAGUUACCUUCGCACGGAAAGCCGCAUUAAAACGGAUUCAUCGAAAUCGUCGGAAUAUCAUAAUUUUUUAAAAGAAUAUUAUGAUCUGAGACACAUGCAACGCGUCUCAGAAACCGAACAAUUAAUCGACUCGAAUCAAAUCGUAUAUAUUCCGCACCAUGCCGUAUUCCGCGCUAACAGCUUAACAACGCGAAUACGUAUCGUUUUCAACGCUUCAAGUCGAACCUCAAACGGUACGUCAUUGAAUGAUCAUUUAUAUCCGGGCCCUAAACUUCAAAAGGACCUUGCUGCAGUGAUUUUGCGUUGGCGCACAUUUCGAUACGUUUAUUCCGCCGACGUGGCAAAAUGUAUCGCCAAAUUCAAGUCGAUCCUCGCGAUCGUGAUUUCCAACGCAUCUUCUGGCGGCCAUCUCCAACACAUCAAGUUGAGGAGUAUCGUCUCUGUACCGUAA